AUGGGCUGCCUACGCCUCUUCCGCCGCCUCAGCCGGCGCUCCCCCCAAGAAGACGACGCUCUCCUCAACUCGCAACAUCGCCGUGGUCCGCGCCCCUACCGCGAUCACGAGCACAAGCCUAAACACAAACACACUCCCUCGGAAGACUCGUCCUUCUCCACCGACUUUGUUGAAGAAGAAAAGGCGUCGUACAGAGGCAGAUCGCGGACCAGCCACGGCUGUGCCGCUGUUCCCGUCAUCCGCCCCAACGUCAAUCCUGCUCGCUCAGCUUACGCGACUCCCGAGGUCUAUCGGUAUGGAGGCGCGGGGCCCAGAGAAGAUGACAGGGCUCCAAGGAGACCUGCGAAUGCGGAAGAGAAGGAGACGGGUGUGAACGAUGCUGAGGAGCAGGAGAGGAUGGACUUUUUGCAGAUGAUGUGAUGUGAUGUCAUCACGUUUUCUACGGAUGGAAUUUUUUUUUCUUCUGUAACAUUUUCUUUGUAUCACGACAUUUUAUGAUCUGGUUUGGCCUGGGGACACAAGGGCCGGGAUGGGCUUGGGGAGUUCACGGCGGCGUUUGGGGCGCAUAUCAAAAGGGCAUUAUCGUCAUGGCCGAUUAAGAUUUGGGUCUGUCUGGCUGGCUUGUUGGUUUUGGGAGUUUACAUUUACUUCCAUGUCACGAUUACUACUAUACCUGCUAGAGAGGUACCUUUUUAUUUCUCAUUUUCAAAAGCGACUGGACGGCGAGAUAGAUGAGAGAGACCGGGAGACUUGUCGAUACAUCGAAUUCACGACAGCUUCCACAUUUUCUCUAUUUACACUGUCACGAGUUUCC